AUGACAAAUAUGGUUCGAUGGCUCUUCUCCAAUAGCAGGUUUACUGCUUUCUAUUUGCACUUUUGUAUUAAGUUUCCUUAUAUAUACGAUUUUUUAUUAUUUUCUAUUUGUCUAUUUUUAUUUAUAGUGCGUUUUAUUUUGAUUAGUCUUCUCCCAAUUUUCAAUCUUUUCGGAGCCUCCUUCAUUAUUACUCUUCCUCCAGAGAUUCAGGAUCCCCAAGCUUUAGCUCAUUUAGUAGGGCUAAACUUCUAUCUGAGCCUUUACGAGCAGGAUCCUGGAUGGGUUACGUUCAUUCAAAACGAGCUUAAUCACAAUACCCCUCUGGAGGACAUACCUGGACGGCUUAAGCUCUUCCUAAUGGAAGAAAAGCUGUCUAGUAUGCGACAAGCACUACAAAAAAAUACACUUCCUGAAGAUGUCAUUCAGGAAUUUGUGGUGCUUUAUCAAAGAAUAGGGCCUUAUCUACCGAUCGAGCCCUACUUGGUCGAUGAAGGGCUUCGUUCCUAUCUGGACCAUAUUCACACAACUGAUUCUUUCACUGUUCUCCAAGCGUCUUAUCAAGAUCUGCGGGAGAAUGAGGGAGGAUCUGUUUUCUUUAGAGAUGUUGUUUCCCACAACCGGGAUCUCCUUGAGGCGGAAAGCUCCGCAAGGAGGUGCCUGGAAGUGGAACAGAGGAUCCAAUGGGAAGAAAUCCCCAAGAGCAAGGCAAGUCUCGAAAGAGCUGAGCACGAGCAUGCUCUCGACUUGUUUAAGUCGGAGGAUCUUAGAAGGGAAUUAGAAAAAAAGAGCGGAGGUGCACCUGACAUGGCAUGUCCACGAUUAAAUAAUAUAUCAUUCUGGUUGUGGCCACCAAGUCUCUUCCUCCUAUUAAGCUCAUCCUUAGUAGAAGUGGGCAGCGGCACUGGGUGGACAGUCUAUCCGCCCUUAAGUGGUAUUACCAGUCAUUCUGGAGGAGCAGUUGAUUUAGCAAUUUUUAGUCUUCAUCUAUCAGGAGGGGGAGACCCAAUAUUAUACCAGCAUCUCUUUUGGUUCUUCGGUCAUCCAGAGGUGUAUAUUCUCAUUCUUCCUGGAUUUGGUAUUAUUAGUCAUAUCGUAUCGACCUUUUCAAGAAAACCGGUCUUCGGGUAUCUAGGCAUGGUUUAUGCCAUGAUAAGUAUAGGUGUUCUUGGAUUUGUAGUUUGGGCUCAUCAUAUGUUUACUGUGGGCUUAGACGUUGAUACGCGUGCCUACUUCACCGCAGCUACCAUGAUCAUAGCUGUGCCCACAGGAAUCAAAAUCUUUAGUUGGAUCGCUACCAUGUGGGGAGGUUCGAUACAAUACAAAACACCCAUGUUAUUUGCUGUAGGGUUCAUCUUUUUGUUCACCAUAGGAGGGCUCACUGGAAUAGUUCUAGCAAACUCUGGGCUAGACAUUGCUCUACAUGAUACUUAUUAUGUGGUUGCACAUUUCCAUUAUGUACUUUCUACGGGAGCCGUUUUUGCUUUAUUUGCUGGAUUUUACUAUUGGGUGUGUAAAAUCUUUGGUCGGACAUAUCCUGAAACUUUAGGCCAAAUCCAUUUUUGGAUCACUUUUUUGGGGGUUAAUCUGACCUUCUUUCCCAUGCAUUUCUUAGGGCUUUCGGGUAUGCCACGUCGCAUUCCAGAUUAUCCAGAUGCUUAUGCUGGAUGGAAUUCUCUGAGCAGUUUUGGUUCUUAUAUAUCCGUAGUUGGGAUUCGUCGUUUCUUCGUAGUUGUCGCAAUCACUUCAAAUAGUGGAAAGAACCAAAAAUGUGCGGAAAGUCCUUGGGCUGUUGAACAGAAUCCAACCACACUAGAAUGGUUGGUACAAAUCCCUCCGGCCUUUCAUACUUUUGGAGAACUUCCUGCGGUAAAAGAGACAAAAAGCUAA